AAGGUGCUUAACGACUCAUAAAUUUCGGCAAAAGCUAAAAAAGGAAGGACUCUGUAUUUAUCUCCGUGGUUAGUAUAGCAUUAGUAGAUUAAUUGAUGUAAUCCGUUGCUAAUUUAGAAAUGUUAUUAAGAUUACGACUGUAAAAUUCCGAUUCUAACCCUACUAUAUACUCGUAAUUUCAAAUUGAACUUCGAACACCCCUCAAAGACCCUAGAUUUCUUCAUCUCCUCUCAACUCCCGACCCUAUAAAUCACCCGCCGCCGGCCACUGCAGCCUACGAGCGUUGAGGGGCGUUGCCGCAGUCGCUGCAUACUCUCCCCCGGCCGAUCAAAUUUAGGGCAAAGUCGACAUCUUUGCCGUUAAAACUACAGCAAAUUGGGAGAAUUUCGUCCUCUUUCUUAUGAUAAUAGAGGAAUCAAAGAGAUGGCGAUUCCUGAGAGCAAUGUGCCGGGCGAUAAUGAUAAAAGCAAUGGGAGUGCAUGGUUAGAAGACAUUGAGUGGCUGUCUACCCUUUCGGAGCCUGAGCUGGAUUUCCUAAUCAGUUUAAAGGAUCUGGCCAUUAAACGCGCAAAGAAUGCAGGAUAUAAGGAUCUCGGUGAUAAAUUUGAUUUGCGGUUGCUUCGUGCACUUGGUUUUAUAUUGUUAGAGUUUUUCAAGGAACGUGUAAGGAACACCUCUGAAGUGCCUGAUUCAGCAGAGAUAUUGAGAUUGUUAAAUCAAUGUGGUUUGUGUUCCCUGAAUGUCAAGGAGAAAUCUGACUUUACUUCAUCCGUCGCUGUAGAAACAAAUGCUUUCAGUAUUGUCACUCCACUACGAAAGAGGAUGUGGGAAGGGCAAUGUGAAGAGACAAUGAAACGUCACAAGAGGCAGAAACUAACAAAUGCAGCAGAUAAAUGAAUUGCUGUACCAUUAUCUUCUCCUAAAAUGUUCGAGAAUGUAUUCACCAAAUAUGCAACCUACACAGCAUCUCUCUAUGGCCAAAGUUCGUCGAGUACAGAACCUUCAAAAGAAUCGGAUGGGAAAAUUAGGAUUUAUUGAGCUGACUCAAAAUUUUGGGAUAAAUGUUUUGUUGUUGUAUAGUGUAUUACGAGGAAUCAGGUUGUCUCUAAACACCAUAGUUACUUUCCUCCUAUGAAUGACUUACAUAUC